AUGGUCAUCACCGGGAUUCACAGCAAGGUGUUGAAGAAGGGAGAUCCAUGCCCUCCGCUUGUUGCUGGACAAAUUCGUCUCUACACAAUGCGAUUUUGCCCCUGGGCCAAGCGAGUUAUUAUUACUUGCGCUAAAAAAGGAAUUGAUCUCGAAGUCGUAAACGUAAAUCUGAUGGACAAGCCCGAGUGGUACUUCCAAAAGCAUUACGCUGGGAAAGUGCCAUGUUUGGAGGUCGAUGGAAAGUAUGUAACCGAGUCUUGGGUGAUCGUGCAAUACCUCGAAGAUCGUUUCGCGAAGAACCCAAUUUUGCCAAGCGAUCCUUUCGAACGUGCGAACCAGCGAGUUAUUGCCGAGCGUAAUGUGGCGAUCUCUACAGCUUUCCACAGCAUUAUGGCCUCGUUCAAAGAUGACUCGGUUCUAGAGGAGGGGCUUGAGAAGAUGGCUGUAGCUUUUGAAGAUGCCGAAAAGCUUCUGAAUGCUGACUACUUUGCUGGCUCCGAACCCGGCUAUGCCGACUACCUGACCUUUGCCUUUGUCGAAAAAAUGUGGUGGUGCGCGCACAUUGAUGGGUACAAGGCUUUUGAGGUGGAGAAAUUCCCAUGUGAGAAGCGUUAUCCAAAGCUGACAAAAUGGUUUGCGUUGAUGUUGGCGAAGCCGGAGUUCAAAGAAAGCCAAAUUGACGUGAACACCUUUGUCCGUUUCCUCUCGUCUUUCAAAGCCGGAAACCCGGAUUAUGAUAUCGAUUUGUCAACACGACACCUCCAGUUCUCCCACCAGCCUGAAAGUAAUUUACCGCAACACCGAACACCCGAGACCUUUUUCUCCAAAACCUCGCACAUGCCA